CAGGUGGGGCGGGAGCGCUGGGACUCGAAGACGGAAUUUCUCUUGGCCGUCAUUGGUUUUGCCGUAGAUCUCGGGAACGUGUGGAGAUUCCCAUACAUCUGUUACAAAAACGGAGGAGGAGCGUUCUUAGUCCCCUAUCUCAUUAUGCUGCUGUUUGGAGGUUUGCCUCUCUUCUAUCUCGAAUUGGCCCUCGGUCAAUACUACAGGUCCGGGUGUCUCACUGUAUGGCAGUACAUCGCUCCUGCUUUCAAAGGCAUUGGAUUCGCCAUCUGCAUCAUCGACAUCUACAUGGCAAUGUAUUACAACACCAUAAUCGCUUGGGCUGUCUACUAUUUACAGGCCUCUUUCACUUCCGUUGUCCCUUGGUCUUCUUGCGACAACCCGUGGAACACACCUGAAUGCUCUGAAGGCUCCGAUAGUCACGGGAAUAGCUCGAUCGGAGCUCAUAAAGUUAGCCCUGCCCAGGAGUAUUUUGAGCGCCACGUCUUGGAAGUUCAUAAAUCGGGUGGUCUGGGUAACAUGGGAACCAUAAGGCUGCCGAUAGCUUUCUGUUUGCUGUUGGUGUUCGUUCUUGUCUACCUCGCGCUCUGGAAAGGAGUCAAAUCUACGGGAAAGGCUGUUUACAUCACCGCGAUAGCCCCGUAUGUGGUCCUGUUCGCUCUCCUGGUGAAAGGAGUGACCUUGGAUGGAGCCGCUGACGGAAUCGCCUACUAUCUAUCGCCGGAUUGGGCGAAGCUAGCCGAGAGUGAAGUUUGGGUCGACGCGGCAACUCAGAUCUUCUUCUCUCUUGGACCUGGAUUCGGCACACUUCUAGCCCUCUCGUCAUACAACCGAUUCCAUAACAAUUGUUACAGAGAUGCGCUUCUGACAUCGUUCAUCAACUGUGCCACGAGUUUUGUGGCGGGAUUGGUCAUCUUCUCAUUCCUGGGCUAUAUGGCGAAGAAUCUCGAUCGAGAUAUAAGCAGCGUUGCAACAUCGGGUCCGGGGCUGGUCUUCAUAGUUUAUCCUCAAGCCAUCUCCACAUUGCAAUAUUCGCCAGUUUGGAGUGUGAUGUUCUUCUCGAUGCUCAUCACCCUCGGCCUCGACAGCACGUUCGGCGGUUUGGAGGCGAUGCUGACCGGUAUGUGUGAUCAGUAUCCCAAUGUCCUUCGCCGUCACCGGGAAAUAUUCGUUGCUCUGGUGCUGGUUUUCAUCUAUAUCUGCGCCUUGCCAACAACAACUUGCGGCGGUUUCUAUUUGGUGGAGCUCUUGGACACGUACGCCACCGCGGUCAGUGUCUUGUUUGUGGUCUUUAUCGAAGGCGUCGUGAUCUGUUGGGUUUUCGGAGCCGAGCGCUUCGCGCAAAAGAUCCAUCAGAUGCUUGGAUCGACCCCGGGCAUAUACUGGCGACUCUGCUGGACUUACAUCAGCCCUGUUUUCCUCUUGACUGUGCUCAUAUUCGCUUUCGAGCGAACCCGUACGACGGAUCUGGACCCUUCCAAAUAUCCUUGGUGGUCCGUCAGGGUGGGCGUCGCGACCGCGCUGAGUUCUAUUUGCUUGGUUCCCCUGUACAUGAUCUACAUGUUCUGCAAGUCUCCCGGAACGAUCGAGCAACGCAUUGAGGCCUGCCUGACGCCCAUCGAGCCGGUCAAUAACCCAACUCAGGUCUAG